AGUCUCUCUCUCUCUCUCUCUCUCUCUCUCACACUCUCUCUCUCUCACCUUCUGAGUUGAAGCCAGAGACCCACGCUGCUUCUCCACACAAGCCCUCAGCAGGGCAGGCAGCAGAGGACAUAGGGCUCACAGAGAAGAGGGCGAGAGCAGAGAAGCAGAGAGAGAGAAAAGCAAGAAAGGCUUCCUACAGUAAGAAUCCAAACACACCACAGUGAUUCAGAGGCUUUGUGAAUAGGGGAAAAGGUCCUGGAGAAGACCCUCUCCGCCUCAGACAAGGGGAGGCAAGCAUAGACCGGCAGACCCACACACCAGCACGUAGGCACAGAUUUUUACCGGUCCAGUGAAGCCCCCUGGUGAUGAGCAGCAGCUGGUGUUAGGCGCGACGUCUGCCCCUGGCCUGUGCGCUUCUUCCCCCCCUGCCCCCCGUGCUACCCCUGCCCCAGCUGGUGGAGCACCAUGCUGUGGACGCUCCUCCUGGCCGUCCUGCUGCUGCUGCUGCUGCACACCCAGCUGUACGUGUGCCUGAGGGAGCUGCGCUCUGCCGUCCCCCCGGCCGCCAACGCCACGCAGCGGCUCCCCGGCGCCAUCAUCAUCGGCGUGCGCAAGGGCGGGACGCGGGCGCUGCUGGAGAUGCUCAACCUGCACCCGGAUGUGGAGGUGGCCAAGGCUGAGGUGCACUUCUUCAACCUGGACGAGCACUACCGCCGCGGCCUGGGCUGGUACAGGGCCCAGAUGCCCCUCUCCCUGCCGGGGCAGCUGACCGUGGAGAAGACGCCCGGCUACUUCACGGCCCCGCUGGCCCCGGCGCGGGUGCGGGCGAUGAACCGGGACGUCAGACUGCUGCUGAUCGUGCGGGACCCGGCCGAGAGGCUGGUGUCCGACUACACGCAGGUGCUGCACAACCGCCGGCAGCGCCAGAAGCCCUACCAACCCCUGGAGGAGCUGCUGCUGCACAGGGGCCAGAUCAACACCAGCUACAAGGCCCUGCAGCGCAGCCUGUACCACCAGCACUUCAGCCGCUGGCUCGCCCACUUCCCCCGCGACCAGAUCCACGUGGUGGAUGGGGAGGCUCUGAUUGGGGACCCCUUCCCCGAGCUGCGGAGGGUGGAGCGCUUCCUGGAGCUGCCACCCCGCAUCGCCCCCUCCAACUUCUACUUCAAUACCACCAAGGGCUUCUACUGCCUGCUCUCUGCCGGCCAUGACAAGUGCCUGGACGACUCCAAGGGCCGCCCCCACGCCCCCCUGAGCACGACCGCGCUCCACAUGCUCUGCCGCUUCUUUAGGGAGCCCAACCGACGCUUCUUCAACAUGGUGGGGCGCUCCUUCGCCUGGUGCUGAGGCCCUCCAGUUGCAUGCAUUUGGGGGUGGACACAUUCCUUAUCGACCAAUGAGAGGAGGUGUGGGGGUUGUGAGAGAGAACAGCAUGCACUGAGAUUGGAAACAACCUUUAUUAACCAAUCAGACAAGGCUUAGGACAGUGAAAGGGAACAAGCUUGUGACAAGCCGCUGAACAGUGGAUUGGAAACCUACACAUCUAUGGCAGUUACAAAUAACCUGCUGAAAAUAUUCAGCAUGCAGGAGGAGUCAUUUAGUCAUUAGCCAUCAUUCAUAAGUUCAGAUAGUGAAAGAGAAUUGAACUGUCAGUGGCACGUGCAGUUACAUGUGAAACUGAGAACACCAGAGAAAUACAUCUUUUGGACUGUGAUACUAAUAAUUGUAACAUAAACUGUUGUGGUGUUUUUCAGGAAAUCCAUACAAUUGAUAGAUAAAGACUACAUGCAUUGAUAGAAAAUAUAAUGAAUGACACCACUCAUUUUUAGUAUUUUCUUUAUGCGUAUGACCCUUUGCCACCCUCUUGGACCUGGCAAUUAUGCUAUAUUAAAUCCAGCUCUCCAUAACUGACACUCUUGCAAUGCUCACACAAGAGCACUAAACCAAGAAGGAUGCAGUUCUCUGAUACACUUGUAUGCAGCCAAUGGCUUCUUUUCAGACUACAGUUCCCAGAGUGCACCGCAGCAGCAUGAAUGCCAAUUGGAGGACAGGUGCAUCUCCAUUGAUGCCAUCUACAUGACUUGCAGAUGUCUCAAGGGCCGCUGGAGGGUAUAGAAGUGGCAGGACAAGGAGACCCAGCCAAUGAAACCCACUCAGCUCUAACUGUACAAAGCCAAUUGUCUUCUGCCGCUACAGACUCCUGGUCUUUGCUGGAGAAUGACACAUUUCAUACUUGAACUCAAGUCUGAGCUGUAGGAGCACCUAUGAAAAAACUAGGGUUAUCUAUAUGGAUACAAGCUCCUUUCUACACAUAGGUAGCCACAGACUGAAAUCAUGGAACUUCAUGAACAUCAAGUAGUAGCACUACUGCUAUUGUUCAUUGUUCAUAGAUACUGGCUACAUUCCAAACCAAACUUCUUUUGCCCACAUUCCCUCGGAGUGGAGGGGUGUCCACCAUAAAAACCUUUCCAGUCAUUAGGGAAUGUAUGUCAUCUGAUGGCACCUUUCAUAAAAUCGGUAAAACCAUGAAAACAUUCCAGAGGUGUUUUCUUCAUUCCACUCAAAUAAAAGAAACUGGAACAAACCCUCUCUACAGUCUGAGUGCGUGAGUAAUGAUUGAUAUAUUUGAACCAAUUACUGUGUCUUGGUGUGGAGGCCAGAGCAAACUGAUCCUGAUUGGUCAUGAAUGAAGAAAUCUGCUCACAUGGUUCCACCUGAGAUGUUUUCAGAAGGGACCUGUGUCUAGUCCUUCGGCCAGCAUCUGCCUGUCCCAGGCAGGCAGUUCUAGAAGCAGUGUAGAGAUAUGUUAUUUUCCACUUGGGUGGAGUCAAUUGUACC